UUUGCAUUAUUGACACACUGUUUUCCUAAUUAAUGUUGUUCAGUUGCUUUGACGCAAUCUUUUUUGUUUAAAGCGCUAUAUAAAUAAAGGUGACUUGACUUGACUUGAUUUUGAGAGAAAAUAUCACAGAGAAGAGCAAUGGUCAUUAUGAAAUGCCAUUACCAUUCAAAAGAGAAAAACCAAAACUUCCUAAUAACCAGAUAUGUGCAAUACACCAUCUGAAAGGUCUUGAAAAGAGAUUCAAGAAAGAUCAGCAGUAUUAUGACUAUGUAAAAUUUAUGGAUGACAUAAUUUCACGUGGUGAUGCAGAGAAGGUUUCUGAAGAAGAGAUUGACAACAGUCCAGUUUGGUAUAUUCCACAUCAUGGAGUUUAUCAUCCACAGAAACCAGGGAAAAUACGUGUAGUAUUUGACUGUUCUGCCAAGUUUCAGGACACAUCCCUCAACGACCAUCUGCUUAAAGGUCCUGACUUAACCAAUGCUUUGUUAGGGGUUCUAUGCCAUUUCCGAAAAGGUCCCAUUGCAAUCAUGUGUGACAUCAAAAGAAUGUUCCACCAGUUUCAUGUGAAAAAGGAGGAUCAAGAUUACCUGCGAUUUUUAUGUUGGGAGAAUGUAAAUUUGGAGAUCACACCAUCAGUCUACAGAAUGGGAGUUCACUUGUUUGGAGCUGCCUCGUCUCCUGGUUGUUCUAACUUUGGUUUGAAACAUCUGGCAACUCAAGGACAUGGCCAGUAUAGUGAAGAUACCAUACGCUUCAUUCAAAGAAAUUUCUAUGAUGGUUUAAUAAGUGUCCAAACUGAGACAGAAGCCAUCCAGCUUAUUAAAGAAUCAAGAGAAUUUUGCUUCACUGGCAGGUUAAGACUCCAGAAGUUUGUUUCUAACAGUGAAAGAGUGAUGGCAACCAUCCCAGAAAAAGAACGUGCCACAGUCAAAGAUCUGGAUAUGGCUUUGAGUUUACCUCAAAUGGAAAGAGCUCUGGGAGUAGAGUGGUGCAUUACAUCUGACUCUUUCAAAUUCAGAGUUCAAGUAAAACCCAAUCCUGUAACAAGAAGGGGUGUGCUUUCUACCGUGGCCUCUGUGUAUGACCCCCUAGGGUUUAUGGCACCAUUUGUUUUUCUUUUGGGUAAACAAAUACUCCAGCAAAUGUGCAAAGAGAAGGUUAGUUGGGAUGAGGAAGUUCCAGAGAACUUGAGACCUCGGUGGGAGUCCUGGAUCAGAAAUUCACCCAAUCUGGCUGAAAUGGAAAUCAAGAGAGACUUCUUACCUUCAAAUUUUGGCGGGGCCAUAAUGUAUGAGCUCCACCAUUUUGCGGAUGCAAGUGUCACUGGAUACGGUGAAUGUUCUUACCUGCGAGCAAUUAACAAGUCUAAUAAAGUUCAUUGCUGUUUGGUAAUGGGAAAAGCAAGAGUUUCACCAACCAAAGUUACAACUAUACCAAUGCUAGAACUUACAGCAGCAGUUGUUGCAGUGCAAACAAGUGAUAUGCUUCGGAAUGAGUUAGAAAUUCAAGAUCUAAAGGAGUUCUUUUGGACCGAUUUUACAUUCGUUCUUGGCUAUAUAAACAAUGACGCCAGACGAUUUCAUGUGUUCAUAGCCAAUCGUAUUCAGAGAAUCAGAUCCAGUUCAAAGCCUGAACAAUGGGAUUAUGUUGCCUCCUAGAACAAACCGGCUGAUCAUGCCUCUUGAGGUUUGACAGCAGAGCAACUUAAAACCUCAAAUUGGUUCACAGGACCAAAGUUUCUUUGGCAAACGGAACUACCCGAAAGAGAAUGCAAGUUAGGAGAAGUUAAGGAAGAUGAUCCUGAAAUUCGUAAGGUUGUGUUUAACACUGCUCCAAAGGAGAGCAGAUCAUUAUUGGAUCACCUACAGAAAUUCUCUGACUGGUCAAGAGUUGUAAAGGCAGUUACAAGACUGAAACGUAAAAUCAAAGAAUUCAAAGAUGUGAAGAAACCAACCAAAGAAAAUACGAGCCUGGAAGAAAGGAAAGAAGCAGAACUUUUUAACACCAAGCUGGUUCAAAAGGAAGCAUUCUUGGAUGAGAUAAAGAGUUUGACCAAAAAAAGAGCAGGCUAUACAAGUUAAAUCCAUUCUUAGACAAAGAAGGUAUCCUGAGGGUAGGAGGACACCUAAGUCAAGCUACGUUGCACCCAUACAUCAAGCAUCCAGUAAUACUUCCCAAGAACUGACUGCUUUGGUCCAAUAUAUAUUAACGAAGGAAGAAAGGAGCUCAAGAGAUAUGAUCUUUUACUUACCUGUCUAUGUUCAAGGGCCAUACACAUAGAGAUGAUUGAUGACAUGACCUCAGAUGCAAGUGUCACUGGAUACGGUGAGAAUGCUCUUAAAUUCAUUUAUUAAUGCUUUAAGAGCAUUCAUUUGAAUAAGAGGAAAUGUUCGUCAGUUGAGAUGUGAUCAAGGAACCAAUUUUGUUGGAGCAAGAAGAGAGUUUGCAGAACUCAUGAAAAGAAUGGAUCAAGAAAGAGUUAAGGCUCUAGGAUGUGAAUUUCUUAUGAACCCUCCAGCAGCAAGUCAAAUGGGAGGUGUCUGGGAGAGGACAGUAAGAACCAUAAGAAGUGUUCUUUCUGCUAUUCUCGACCAGUCAGCACAGAGGCUUGACAGUACCUCUCUAAGGACAUUCCUGUAUGAGGUUAUGGCCAUUGUUAACAGCAGACCACUCACCAUUGAACAUUUGAAUGAUCCAUCUGGACCUGACCCUUUAACUCUGAACCACAUUCUUACAAUGAAGUCCGCAAUCAUUCUACCUCCACCUGGACAUUUAUAAGGGAAGAUCUUUAUCUUCGAAAGAGGUGGCGUAGAGUACAGUAUUUGGCAAAUGAAUUCUGGACUCGAUGGAAAAAGGAAUAUCUUUUAAACUUGCAGUCAAGACAAAAGUGGUACUUCUACAAGAUGAUCUGGCACCACGUAAUGAAUGGAAGUUGGCCAGAGUCAUAGACGUCUGCCCAGGGUCAGAUGGAAUGGUUAGAAAACUAAAAUUGUUGGUUAGUGACAGUAAGUUUGACAAGAAAGUGAAACCCAUAACUAAACCUGUGUUUCUUGAAAUACCUAUACAUAAGGUAUGAAAUUUGGGUGGUUAGUAAAAGGAAUGUUUUCAUUGAAAAGUUGAAGUGAAAAGUGUAAAUUAGUAACUAUAUUGCAAUUUGAGAAAUCUCACAUUAAGGGUGUGUGAUUUGGUGGGAGUGUAAGUUUGUCAUUAUAUUGUGUAUAUAUUAUGUUUAUAAGUUGUUUAUAUUUUUCUAAGAUUAUUUUUGUUAUGAAGAAAAUAAGUUACAUUUAUUAUUUGUGAAUUUAUUUUUUGUUAUUUGGUUUGGGACUUUUAUUUUGAAAUGCCGACGUUGUAUUUAAUGGCUGACUGCCUGCAAGGUUUUCAUUUCCUGUAAGCAAGCCAGCGCAAAUACGAAAGUUGAGCAUGUGCUCAAUGGAUGUCUCUUCUUGCAAGGGAUUUGAUCUGAGAUUAAGGAGUAUUCAAGACAAUUUCUUUCAUAUAACAUGCAGCCAACGAGUUUUCACGGUGGAUUUGGGGGAAAGCCAUCAAGUAAACCAGUAGUACAGAAA